AUUCAGGUUUCACACAUCAUAUUAGGUUGUGGACUUCAAUCGUGAGACGGAGUAUGGAUGAAAUUACUCAGCUUGUAUUAUCAGAUGACAUCUCCAAUGUAGCGGUUUGGUUGAGUGAAAUCUGUUUUACAGAGUAAGCUGUUCCCGUGUGAGAACUGUUGUAGUUUUUUGGAUUUUACGGUAUUGACUAUGAUUGUUUAUGGAAAAAACUCUUCUCUGCUACAUCAAGUGCCAGCAUUCGAGUUUGGCUUUUGCUUGAGAGAGAAACUCUCUGCCACUGCCACCUCCGCUGCCGGCAUUCAAGUUUGCCCCUUUUCCUUUUCCUUACAUGUAUCCUGAUUUGGACACCUGUUUGCAUGAUGAGAUGGCUGUUGCAACCUUCAAAGGACCUCCUAGUGAGUGUUGUGGGAAUAACAAAAUGGAAAGAAAGCCUUCUGGGAAGAGACGUGUAUUCGUUCAGACUGAAACUGGGUGUGUUUUGGGGAUGGAAUUAGAUAGAAGUGACAAUGCCCAUACUGUCAAGAGGAAAUUACAAGUUGCAUUCAAUGUCCCAACUGAGGAAAGCUCACUUAUAUGUGGGGACAUGGUCUUGAAAAAUGAUCUUAGCGUGGUUAGAAAUGAUUCUCCACUUCUUCUCACUAGGAAAUUUUUGCAUAGGAGUUCAUCUACCCCAUGUCUUUCACCUACUGGUAGGGAUCUUCAGCAGAGGGAUCAGAGUGGACCAAUUGAGAUUAUAGGUUGCCCAGGCAUACUUUCUGGAACAAAAGAACUGGUUAAGGAUAUUGUGAAGGCAAUAAAAGUUGGCAUUGAACCAAUCCCCAUUCAGAGUGGAUUGGGAGGAGCAUAUUAUUUUAGAAACAGCCUAGGUGAAAAUGUUGCUAUUGUGAAACCUACUGAUGAAGAACCUUAUGCUCCAAACAAUCCGAAAGGUUUCGUUGGCAAUGCUCUUGGGCAGCCAGGCCUGAAACGUUCAGUGAGGGUUGGGGAGACAGGUUUCAGAGAAGUUGCAGCUUACCUUCUUGAUCAUGAUCAUUUUGCCAAUGUGCCUCCUACUGCGCUUGUGAAGGUGACACAUUCUAUUUUCAACAUUAAUGACAGGGUUAAUGGUAAUAUGCAUCAUAACAAGAAGCAAAUAAGCAAGAUUGCAUCACUGCAGCGGUUCAUUCCUCAUGAUUUUGAUGCAAGUGAUCAUGGAACUUCUAGUUUCCCUGUUGCUGCUGUUCAUAGGAUUGGGAUUUUAGACAUACGAAUUUUAAACACAGACAGACAUGCAGGAAAUCUUCUGGUUAGGAAGCUUGCAGGGUUUGGAAGGUUUGAUCAGGUGGAGCUUGUUCCCAUUGAUCAUGGUCUUUGUCUACCUGAAAGUUUGGAAGAUCCAUAUUUUGAAUGGAUCCAUUGGCCUCAGGCAUCAAUUCCUUUCUCAGAUGAAGAGCUCAACUAUAUAUAUCAUCUAGAGCCGUUUCGUGAUUCAGAAAUGCUUAGAAUGGAGCUACCUGUUAUUCGUGAAGCAUGUUUGCGGGUUUUGGUCCUCUGCACUGUCUUCCUCAAGGAAGCAGCAGCCUUUGGUCUUUGUCUAGCUGAGAUUGGCGACAUGAUGAGUAGAGCAUUUCAGGGUCAUGAUGAAGAGCCCAGUGAGCUUGAGCUUAUAUGUAUUGAAGCAAAGAAACUGUUGUAUCAGGAAGAAUUCUCUUCUUUUGAGGCAGAAGUAGGUGACAAAGAUGUCACUCAGUUUCAGUUAGAUUGCGAGGAUCAGGAUUUGGGUUUCACUACAAAUAUAGAAGAGAAACUGACUGUAGUGCCACCUUUCCAAUUUCGAGCAAAAAGUGGAAACGGUAGAAACACACUUUCUAAACUAGAGGAAAGUGUGGAGGAGGAGGCUGGAAGUGAAGGGGAGUUACCAUUAGGUGCUGGUGAAUUUACUUGCUCUGUGGGAAAUUGGGUGCCUAAUAUUUCAAAGCUGUCCAUGUCCGUGAAAAACACCAGAAAUGGUGAGAAAAGUUGGCUGCACUUGGGUCAUAAGCAAAAGAGUGGUUUUUUAGCUGGGACAUCAUCUUGGAACACGAGUGUGAAUGAGUUGCCUGCAAGCUCCAGUUUUGUGAAGCUGACAGAUAUGGAUGAAGAGAAGUGGAACCAGUUUCUUGAGAAUUUUCAAAGAUUGUUGAUCCCAGCUUUUGUUAAUUGCAAACGAGGGAAUGUGGGUAAGAGGCAGAGACAGAGACUUGGAACUUCAUGUCAGUUUUAGGGACAUUAUCAAUGAAAUGUGUUGUUGACAAAUGAAAUUUUAGAGGCUUGUACAAACAAUGUGUCCCAUAAUACACAUUGUUAUACAUAAAUAAAUACGAAGGCCUUCUUUUCGCAACACUAGCGGGAGUAUCCAGGAGUGAUAAGUAAAUGAAGAAUGUCAGGUAGUGAGCUCUUGCAUCAGCAAACAGAUGGGAGAAUUUACUUACCAGUAGAUGCGAAGACUACGUCCUAAUUUGCUCUUUUAUAUUUUUCCACUUUAUGUUUGCUGGUUAGUUUGUUGAAUUAUUCAGGAUAUGUGCCAAAAUAAUAUUGUGUAUACCAAUGGUUUUCUGGAGAUUUAAAUGGUGUUUCU